AUGGAGAACAAAGAGGCCGGAGCCCCUCUGCCUGUCCCACCCAGGGAGGGGCGGCUCCAGCCCACACUGGUGCUGGCGACCCUGAGCGCCGCCUUCGGCUCGGCCUUCCAGUACGGCUACAACAUCGCAGUGGUCAACACACCACACAAGGUAUUGAAGUCAUUCUACAAUGAAACCUACUUCGAGCGACACGCCACCUUCAUGGACGAGCAGGUCAUGCUGCUCCUGUGGUCUUGCACCGUAUCCAUGUUUCCCCUGGGAGGCUUGCUGGGGUCCCUGAUGGUCAGCCUGCUGGUUGACAGGUGUGGCAGAAAGGGGGCCCUGCUGGUCAACAACAUCUUCGCCAUCAUCCCUGCCAUCCUGAUGGGAGCCAGCAAAGUGGCCAAGGCUUUUGAGCUGAUCAUCUUUUCCCGAGUGGUGCUGGGAGUCUGUGCAGGCAUCUCCUACAGUGCCCUUCCCAUGUACCUGGGAGAACUGGCUCCCAAGAACCUACGGGGCACAGUCGGAACAAUGACCGAGGUUUUCGUCAUCUUUGGAGUCUUCCUAGCACAGAUCUUCAGCCUCCAGGACAUCCUGGGCAAUCCUACAGGCUGGCCGGUGCUCCUGGCACUCACGGGGGUGCCCGCCCUGAUUCAGCUGCUCUCCCUGCCCUUCUUCCCGGAGAGCCCCCGCUAUACCCUGAUUCAGAAAGGAGAUGAAGCCGCAGCACGGCGAGCUCUGCGGAGGCUGCGAGGCUGUGCGGACGUGGAGGCCGAGCUGGAGGACAUGCGCGCCGAGGCCCAGGAGGAGCGCGCCGAGGGCCGCCUGUCGGUGCUCAACCUCUGCGCCUUCCGGCCGCUGCGCUGGCAGCUGCUCUCCGUCGUGGUGCUCAUGGCUGGCCAGCAGCUGUCGGGCAUCAACGCGAUCAACUACUACGCAGACAUCAUCUAUGUGUCCGCUGGCGUGGAGGCUGCUCACUCCCAGUACAUAACUGUGGGUGCUGGCGUGGUCAACAUAGUGAUGACCGUCAUCUCGGCUUUCCUGGUAGAGCGACUGGGGCGGCGGCUCCUCCUGCUGGUCGGCUACGGCAUCUGCGGCUCCGCCUGCCUGGUGCUCACCCUGGCGCUCCUCUUCCAGAACACAGUCCCUGAGCUGUCUUACCUUGGUGUCAUCUGUGUCUUUGCCUACAUCUCAGGACAUUCCAUUGGGCCCAGUCCCGUCCCCUCCGUGGUGAGGACCGAGAUCUUCCUGCAGUCCUCCCGGCCCGCCGCAUUCGUGGUGGACGGGGCAGUGCACUGGUUCACCAACUUCAUCGUGGGCUUCGUGUUCCCAUCGAUCCAGGUGGCCAUCGGGGCCUACAGCUUCAUCAUCUUUGCCGGAAUCUGCCUUCUCACUGCUUUGUACAUCUACCUGGUUAUUCCCGAGACCAAGGGCCGAACGUUUGUGGAGAUAAACCGCAUUUUUGCCAAGAGAAACGGGGUGGAGAUUCCAGAGGAGAGGAAAGAAGAAACCAGCGACACUGGACCUCACACGCCCUCCACGGCUACCAAGAACACUUCCUUCUAG